AAGGAGGGCGGGAUAUCUACUGGCGCUGCCCAAUGGGAUCACGCGACUCGACGGAGGCGGUGAGGAGCGGAGUCUCGCCAAUGAGAGCGGCGGAGGGGGAAGAUGAGCGGGUCGGCUUCUGCCCACGGUGGCUGGCGGGGCGGGGCCAAGCUUUCUGAAACGGCUCCCGCCGCAGCAGCUGCCGCGACCCGGCAUGGCGGGCACCGGCCCUUGGCAGCGGGAGCUUCUGCGCCGGCGGCUCCUCGAGAAGCUGCAGGCCAGCAGCCAGCGGUUCGCCAGCGUCAUGGGGGCCCUGGUGGUCAAGUAUGACCGUCCCUUCGAAGAAGACAAACUCGUGCAUAUUGCGACAUUAACCUACGAGACACCAGCUGGCCUGAAAGAAUGGGGUGGAGGAAUAGUAACCCAAGAAAUCUUCCAGAAUAUUCAGACAUCCCUGGAGAAAGAAGGAUACAGUAUAGAUAACAUCAUGCGAAGCACUUUCCCAGAUGUUGACAGCACUGGGUUUGAUGAAUCUUUGGUUCAGAGAAAUGGUGCUCUCAGCUUGAAGGGUGACAGUCUUCAAAGCCUUCCAGAAAAUGAUUUAGACAAGAAAUACAUGACCCGGGUGGAUGUGAUCCUGGAAGAUGACCAUCCCAGGAUGAUCAUGUUUGACAGUUUCAGCAAGAGAAAGGCCCAAAAAACCCCGAAGAUCCUUUCAGCUGAAGACAGUCUUAAAGCUUUACUUGGUUGCAGUGGUAAUGGCCCCGGAAAGAAUCGUGGGAUUGCAGUUAAGCCGACUUCAGCCUUCCAAGGUCCCCAAGAGAGCAGAAUGGUGGCCGUGCCCCCAGAUCAAAGCUUGCUGGCUUGGAGAGCCUGGAGAGCCAGCAGGAACACCUCCUUAGGGGACACUGUCUUUGAAGAUGAAGGGCCUGCCCAGGAACUCACCCUCAGUGACAUCUAUGCAGAGAUGCUAUGUUCACUGAGUAAGUGUUUACCUUCUCAGAAGAUGGGCCUCAUCUCCACAAAGAAAUAUAUUUCGAAAGGCUGGUUCCCAAAGAUGAGGAAGCUUAACGUCACCUUGACAAUGGAAAGUAGUUUUCUCAAGAUUAGUCAAAACUUCCAAGUUAUCCCAAGUGAGAAAAAUAGCUUAAUUUGCAGAAAGGAUUAUAAGCAGAACUUUUUACCCUGUUCUGAACCAGACACUGUUGUCAAGGACAGCAAAUUGUUAGCCACCGAUUCUUCCCCACUGGCUCUGAAGGCGUCACUGCCUAACCGCUCCACUCGGAAAUCUCCUUCCAGGACCAGGGACGUGAGACAAGCAGCCCCCAGCCCCUCUUGGAGCCACAUGGGGUACCGGUCCCCAGCGAUACCCAGGUUGUGUCUGCCCCCUGCUCUGACAAGUGCAAAGGAGAAGCUCUACCCUUUGCAGCAGGGUACUCCUGGAAAGGAUGUGUUAGGGCAGGAAAGGAAUCUGUCCAGAUCAUUGGUGAUGCCAAGGAUGCUCCAGACACCCAAGAAUGCUCCCAUAUCCCAAGAAAGGCGUUAUCAGAGGCACUCAGCUUCCGAUGCCUCUGAACCAUGCCCAAAGACUGGCUUUCCUAGAGAGAAGGUUAUGAAGGCAAGAAAGUCCUUGCCUUUUUGCAUGGAACAGAUACCCUGCAAAGCCCAGAAUGUGAUAGACUCCAUGUUUGACACAUACUCCCAAGAAACAACUCAGUGGGCACAGGAGCUUUUAUUCCUUAAGAAAUCAGGGCAGAAGUCAAACGUGCUGACUCAGAGCAGAUUCGGUGAUUCCCUGGAAGGUUUAGGCCUCUGCAAUGGUCCACGGGAGGCACAAAAGGCAGCCUCCCCCCAGGGCAUCACUAGGGACUCCCUGCGUGAGACAGUCACCAUGCUCCACCGUGCAGCCUCACCCAGGGCCACCUCAAAAGGAGAGUUUUCCUCCCCAACAAAAAGACGGAAAGUGUCAAGCUCCCAGACAUGGGAUCACUUCAGCCCUUCAAAGAUGAGAGAUAAGGCGUAGGUAUUUUUUUAAAGUACUCAUUGUUAUUGCCAGAAACAGUACUGGAAAGAAGUGGCCCCAAAGUAUCUGGGUCUCUAUGGGGAUGUAAUGCAUUCAAAUAAAAAACAAAUUAAUGACUUUAAAGGCACACAUGCAUAUUGUAGAAGCAUCCUGGUGUCAUGGACCCAGGCCCCAGGUUCAUACCCUGGCUUUGCCACUUUCUCCCUGGACAGCCUUAGACCAUUUACCUCCUUGGGCCUCAGUUUCCCCAACUGUCACAUGAUGGGUCCAUUCCAGCCUUUGUGCCUUGUGAUGCAGACAGAAUCCUGAGCCCUCUGAUGUAUUUGAGAGCUCCGGCAAGUCAGGGUUAGGCCAUGGUCAAGAAUCUGAUCUUCCUCCAUCUGGUUUUGACCCUGAUCCUUGAUCUUCCUAUGCCCUGUAGUCUCUGGCCACUUUACACUCCUGUCCCACUCUCCUCCUGCAUCCUCUCAAGGUUUCUGCUGCCCUUCAUUUGAUGCUCUUCCUAUAUCUUCUAUUCCUUCUCCAUCCCCUUUCCUGACCAACCUCCAUGUUGAUUCCCCAAUUCUAGGACUGCAGGCUCUAUGCUUUGCUGCCUUCUUUUUUCUCAGUGAUCUCUGUAAGCUUUGGGGAAUUCAAUCAUUGUCCCUGUGAAGAUUCCUCCCAGAUCGCUAUCUCUAGUCCCAGGUGUUUGGGUAUUCUUGUCCCACCAGCCAUUUGAAGGACGUGUCUAACUGCUUGUCCCUUAGGCCUCUUGAGCUCAGCUUGUCUAAAGCAGAAUUCGUUAUCACUCCCCCCCACCCCAACUUGGUUGGCCUCUAUUGAAAGAAAAAAAAAAGAAUACUGUAUUCUUCUUUUAACAUACAAUUCUACUAGAAAUAAUUUUAUUCAAUUAAACAUUCUAAAUCCAAGCAUUCCUGGCAUAAUCAUGCCUAUGGCUGUUCCUUUACCCCAAGACAAUUUGAACUAAGAUAGGAAUCUUGAAGAAGAAAAACCAUAAUGUAUAAAAAUACAGUUUGGGGUUAGUAUUUCAGAAUAGGUGCAGCCCAGUCCCUUAAAGGAUUGGGGAAGGCAAUGAUCCAAACAAGACUAGAUGAUGGCUUUGUUCAGAGUUUAGCUUCUAUCCUUAAUCCCUUUUUCUAAAAGAGACCUUUUGUUUUCCAUCAACCUUUGUGAAGGGAGGGUGUUGGAAAGGGGGUGCGUCUGAAAAGGGCUUUUAGCCCAGAGAAAUACCAUUUCUUCAUCCACUUCCCCAUUUCUGUGGAGGGUGCCUAUGUUUUGUAUUCAUCCAGGUUCACCAGCUGGGAAUCUUCUCAGGCUCUUCACUUCUCUUCCAAGCCUCCUGUUCCAAUCAUUUGGCAUACAUCCAUUGCCUUCAUUCCCAAGGCUUCUGCCCGAGCUCUCAUCUUCGUCUCUUCCUCAAGCACUACCCAGUUUCCUAAUCGGUCUCCCUGCCCCCAUCACUCCCUUCUUGAGCCCAUCCUCCAGCCUGGAAUUCACUCUUUCCUCACCCCCACCUCCCUCGAGCUAUAGCUCAAGUUUCCUCUCCCUGGUGUCUUUCUGAGCCCUUUCUACUUUCUCUUUAUUUUGUUACCAUCUCUGUGAUUUCCCUCCAACACAGUGGAAGUGCCUUGAGUGUCAGCAUUAUGUUUCCUUGAGAUCCUCAGCAUUUUGCCCAGUGCCUUUUCCAUGGUCAGCAUUUCAUGAUGUGCUGUAGACAGGCUCAGUUGCAUGUAAUGAGCUUUACCUGUUUUCAUAGACUGACUGUGGCGAUGGGUCAAAGAGCUCAUCACCUGACCUUCCCGGUGGUUAGGGUUAGGAAUAACUGGAAACAUAUCUGUUGCCCGGGCUGUGAUCAUACCUUGUCCACCUUGGUGUAGCACCUUCCAGGCCCUGGGCUAAGGAAGAACCUUUCAAAUAAAGAUUUGUUUUUACUCACUUUUA